AAUUAAGGAAGCCUUCUUAGCCGUGUCCUUGGCUCUUGCGUUGAAUGGAGUUUGCACCAACACCAUUAAACUGAUCGUGGGAAGAUGGGGUGAUGAACUCGGAAAUGCACUGCACGGGGGACCCGGACCUGGUGUCUGAGGGCCGCAAAAGCUUCCCCAGCAUCCACUCUUCCUUUGCCUUUUCUGGCCUUGGCUUCACGACGUUCUACUUGGCGGGCAAGCUGCACUGCUUCACCGAGAGCGGCCGCGGCAAGAGCUGGCGGCUGUGUGCGGCCAUCCUGCCCCUGUACUGCGCCAUGAUGAUCGCCCUGUCCCGCAUGUGCGACUACAAACACCACUGGCAAGAUUCUUUGGUUGGCGGUAUCAUUGGCCUCAUUUUUGCCUACCUGUGCUACAGACAGCACUACCCUCCUCUGGCCAACACAGCCUGCCAUAAACCCUACGUCAGCCUCCGGGUCCCGACCUCGCUGAAGAAGGACGAGAGGCCCACCGUGGACAGCGCGCCCAGCCUGCCUCUGGAGGGCCUCACCGAAGGCCCCGUAUGACUGGUGUUGGGGAGGACGAACACUCAGCCCUGGGUGCACCUGCCGCCCAGACACCAUAGCACCAUAGGAAAGGUUUUCUGUAGUGUGUUGCUCAUCUGUUGUUUCUCAAAGCUAUUCUUCUGCUUCCAUUCUGCUGACGAAGGUGUCCCUCGCUACUUUAAAUGUUUACUUUUCAACGUUCUUGAGUUGGCAAGGGAAGGACAUGAGGAACCGUCUCUGGGAGACUGUGGAAGGAGGUUGCCAGUGGGGGGUGGGGGCCACUCAGCCUACAUAGCCGACACGAUUGCUGUACCAGCCACCUUCCUCUCUGUGUUUUCAUGGUUGUAAAACAUAAUAAAACCUCCCACCUGGAA